AUGUACGAUGCGGUGUGCUUCCCCUUCGGGGCGGCCUUGUCGGUGGCCAAGUUCCUGAUCAGCGCCUUUGUCCUGGUGUACCUCUUCGCCACGUACAAUUGGCUUGGCCGGCUGAUCGCCGCAUCACUGCCCACAAGCGGGCGCGGUGGCUCGGCAUCCGGCUUCACCGACAACAUGCGGUCCAUCGGUCGGAAGCGGCGCCUGAUCAAUGAGCUCAUCUCCGUGUCGGUUGUGCAUUUGAUUUUGCCGAUCUUCAUCACCGUCUGUCGAAUUGGCCUGGUUCCCUGGUUCGCCGGCCAUGCCAUUGAAGUGGUGCAAGAGCUGCUCUUCUUUGGUGUGACGCUUUUCACGGAGACCAGUCGGCGUGUACGGGAAAUGUCGGCGGCCCUUCGGUCCGAGGAUGGCUCGGGCGAUGGUGCUGAUGAACGCCAGCCGCGCCUGACGCCGGAGCAAAUCCACGCCAGUGCGGUGGCUGCGGUGGCUGCGCUGGAGCAACAGCGCCAGGCAACCGCGCCAGCGCCACCCGGGGCCGCCUCUGAGGCUCCCCCCUCCGGGCCGAGUGUCGACCAUGCCGCUGAAGAUGCGGCGGAUGACAUUGCCGGCGCGGAGGCUGACACUAUCUUGGCCCAUGGGCUGCGCCAGCUGCUGGGCGAAUCUGCCGCCGAAAUGCCCGGCCCCGCCCCGACCGAGCCGAUGGCCACAAGCCCCACCGCUGCCAUGGAUCUGGUGUUCGCCGGUGGUUCGGACGCCGGGCGGCCGCAGCUCCAGCCGUAUGAGCUCUCAAGUGACUCGGCAUCGACGUCCUUCUCAUCGAGUCACACCCUGCUCUCGGACACCUAG